AUGUUCAACCAAAGUCUCCCUGUACAGUGGCCGGGAUGGUCCACAUGCUUUUACUUCAGUUUCAUCUCUAGUUGCUUAUUCUUCCUAGCCACGCGACAGAAGAAUAAUAAAUUCACCAGGAGUGUCGCAAAUGACGACCAAGAUGCGGUCGAGCCAAACUGCUACCCACCGGUCGAGCCUCUCCCAGACUUUGACUGGAAGACGAAGGAGCCGAUCAGGAUCCGGCCAUUCAAGCCUAAAUACCAUUUAACCAUGAGCAUCCAAGAAGGGACCGUCAGCGAGCUUAUCGAAAUAGACAAGAACUAUCUCGAUCGUAUACAACUUCGCAAGAGGAUCAUGGCUGAGCAUCCUGAGACGGUUCUGGCCGCUGAGGAUUGUGUCAAGCCCGCGGUCGAUGAAUUCUACACCUGGCUGGUGGGAACAUAUCUGCCAACACGAUACCCUCGUCUGUUUCAGUUGCAGCCGUCUGCUGGGGAGAAGCCCGCAUCCUUGUAUAGCCUGGUUACUAGUGAGACGUUUUCCCUUUCCCCCGAACAGGACCCCUUGGAUAGCCUGCGGGCCAUGGGCGGUCUGGUUGAGGAUGACCUCCUUUUCCUGAUGCCAUCUGAUGAUGGAGACGGCUUUACGCUCAGGGGAUUCGUGACAUGCUUUCCCAAUGGCUUCAACACUUCGAAGAAGUUGGGCCUUAAACUCCGGGACAUACACAAGCCUGUCCCCCAGUACAAAGAAAAGCUGGAGAAGAGCAUGGAUCGCUUUUUCCAAAGACUCGGGGUAGGCAGGUUUAUCAAACGCGCCAAUUGGACCAUCACGACUACAGACCAACUGUUCACGGCGUCUGGGAACCACCUUUACGAGGGUGAAGAGAUCCCUCAAGAAGAGGUUAAUAUAAAUACUGCUCGUGUGCGUGUCGAGAGACAAUUUCUGCACCGCUUACCUCAAAGCCGUGCGAUACUUUUCUCAUUCAAAACCCUUCUCUACACACUCCCGGAAAUCAAGGAAGAAGGGCUCGGCGACGUUCUUGCCGAGGCAAUUGACGGUUUGAAGCAGGGAAACGCGCCUGGCUUUCAUUUCUAUAAACGGGCUGCCGUUUGGGGAGAAUCUGCAAAAGCCUAUCUCCGAGGCUAA